AUGGAAGAUGAUAAUGCGUUGGAUAUCUUCAAGUGGAUUACAACGACUGAGGCUGAUGGGGAAUUUAGCGAUUGUUUGAAACUAGAAAUUAAUGGCGAAAUUCACGAUGUUAAGGCGAAAGUACGCGGCAAUAUUCUAACAGUAUGGAAUGAGACAAUUCCAACUGAACCCAUACUGCUCGUGCUGGAACAGAUACAUGUUGAAGCAUCGGAGAGUGAAUUGGGAGACUUUUCUUUUACUGUUAAUUAUAGAUCAGGUUCUAUAAAAUUACAUGCUUCUGAUGAAGCACAACGAGGGAAGUGGAUGUUGAAGCUUUCUCUUUCGUCACACCGAAUGGCUCAAGCAGAGCUUAAUGAAAUUGCUGAUCGGUAUUUCAACGCUGCUUCAAUGAAGGCCAGUGAGCCUCCCAGCAAUAGCUCGUGCUCUUAUUUUCUCACAAACCCUUUUAUAAAACAGUUCAAGUUUUCCAUCCCACAGCAGUUUAAUUUGCCAUCACGCAAGAUCAGUUGUGAGGAAGUAAUGUGGGAAAGUAAGUUGAGUCUAAUUUUACCCACUGAAAUGGUAAGGCUUUUUCUGAAGUGGGCUAACGAAAUGAAGGAGGAGGUGGAGAAAAGGCUGUGGAGUUUAAUACCUGAACGACAAGCUGACCCACUCCAUAACACAAUAAGGCAUGUCUCUUUUAAUCAAGAAACGUACACUAAUUCGCUGGAAUUUCUGGAGUCGUACGCGGGUCCAUCUUUCCGCGCUUCGGUUGAAAAGUAUCGCAUAGUUUUUGGAGCUGUUCCUACAAACCUUCAUGUUCAACAGUUUAUGGUAGAAGGACAUAAAUAUUCUUAUAUUACAGCUGGUACAGCAAGUGCUAUUUCGAUGAGAUUUGCCCAAGGCGGUAUGUCACGGAUGCGGCUUGCUCUUCACAAGUCGCUGAACGAUCCGGAAAGAAUUGACCAUAUUUUGGAUUCCCGUUUUUUUUACAGGCGUCGUAUUUUAAUUGCUGCUAAAACUGCUAUAGGAAGUUUAAGUCGACGCAUUGAAACUGAUUGGCAUAUGGUUAAAUUUGGUAAUAUCGACAAAAUUGGUGUUCAGUUGCUAGCUGAAGUUAAACAGUUGCAUGAAAAUUUAAUUGAUUUAAUCAAUUCUUUUCCUGGGGUGAGCACUCUGGUUGAUCUUCUUUGUGAUUGGAGUCACGAACGACUUGCUAUAUCUGCAGAUCGCUAUGACACUCAACAACUCGUUAGAGAUGGUUUAGAUAGUCAGCUUGACACAUUGGAUGCGUCUAUGAUUAGUUUGAACACUAAGAUGGCAGUUCUUGAUACCGUGCAGAACAAUGAAGAUGCAAGAAGGGAAUACGAGAAGAGCGCCAAGCAGGCAAUCAAUUCAUGUCUAGACUGCAUGUUGCAGUUAGUUGAGACAGUUUUGGAUGCACUUUAUUUAGGCCUUGUGACGGCACUUAGACGUAGUACUGACAGUCAGCUUUUCUAUCACCUCCAAGCUAGAGGAGAUUUGGCUUUUUCGCAAGCGGUAACCAUUGUGGCGACAGGCAUUUUAACAGCACUUGAAGGUGAAGUGUCAGAUUGGAUAAAACAUCCGUUCAUUACAGUUUUUUCAUUUCUUUCUUGUCAUGGCGAUGAAAAAGGGAUGUUAGAAGAUGCGCGUGAUUGUUGGACUUUGUUACCUGAUCGAGUGGAGUUUAAAUUUGUUCAGUGUUCGUCUUCAGUUAGUUCUACUUGUGUUCCGACAGUUACUGGUGACCGACUAAAAGUGGCAGUGCAUUUGCCCCUUCUUCCUAAUGCCUUUCAGGCACUUCCUGAGUCGCUACGUAACGGUGAUGCGUUUAGCGUGCGGGUUGUCUUUUGGAACCUCGGAAUCAAUCAUGAAGCAACUUUGUCGCAGUCUAUAGCUGGGGAUUCAUCACUUGAAAGAUCUAUUAAUAUCCUAGCUGCUAACAAUCUGCAGUCAUACGUUAACACUCUUGAGCAUCCUUCUCAGUCGCUUACUGAAACAGUUGCAGAUCUUUGUGCUUCGGUAAGUAGCAACCCUACAAAUAAGAAUUUAACAAUGUAUCGUCUGGCUAUGAAGGCAAACCGUGAACUUUGUGGAAUUCCUGUGCUUUGUUGUAAAAGUGGGAAGGAUCGGACUUCAAUGGCUGUAACACUUGAGGAGGGAAGACUUAUCAAAGAAAACUGCGGCAUAAAUGAAGAUCAAAUGGCUGAUAUGUUGGUAUGUUUAAGAAGGGAUGGCGUAAGGCGAGAGAACUGCAGAAAAAACGUGGGCAAGCCUUUAUAUUCAUUUUCUCCUUUCCAAAUGUAUUUUAUUCCAAGGGAAAUGAGACCGCCAGCUGGUACUUUUGCUGCAGGUGUUGCUAGUUAA